UUGCCAUACUAAUUUUCUUCAAAAUUCCUAAAAGCUCAUAACAAUGGCAUUUUUAGCUACCAUUUCUGGCCAUGAAAAACUGUACCUUUCUAAUACCCUAAACAAUAACUUCACUUUCAGUAGAAAGUCCCAACCUAGUCAAUCUUACAAUUUCCUUCACAAAAAAAUUCAGGCUAGCAAUGUCGCGAACUCAUUCCAAACUUUUCAAGUCAAAGAACAAGAAGUUUCAUCCAAGACAGAGAAAUUCAUCUUGCCUAAGUUUGAGUUUCAAGAAUACAUGAAAAUGAAGGCAAUCAAGGUAAACAAAGCACUAAAUGAUGCAAUACCAAUGCAAGAGCCUAUAAAAGUUCAUGAAGCCAUGAGAUACUCACUUCUAGCUGGAGGAAAACGUGUCCGGCCGAUCCUCUGCAUGGCUUCUUGUGAAGUUGUAGGAGGGGAUGAAUCCUUAGCUAUACCUGCAGCUUGCGCGGUUGAGAUGAUCCAUACCAUGUCACUCAUCCACGAUGAUCUUCCAUGCAUGGACGACGAUGAUCUACGUCGUGGCAAGCCCACAAACCAUAAGGUUUUUGGGGAAAACACUGCAGUUCUGGCAGGGGAUGCACUUUUGUCUUUGGCCUUUCAACAUGUGGCAACCAAGACUCAAAAUGUAAAACCCCACAGAGUGGUUCAAGCCAUUGGGGAAUUGGGUUCAGCUGUUGGCUCAGAAGGUCUCGUGGCAGGGCAAAUUGUGGACUUGGCGAGUGAGGGAAAACAAGUGAGCCUAUCUGAACUGGAGUACAUUCACCACCACAAGACAGGGAAGCUUUUGGAGGCUGCUGUGGUUUGUGGGGCAAUAAUGGGGGGAGGAAAUGAGGUUGAUGUGGAGAGAAUGAGGAGCUAUGCUAGGUGCAUUGGAUUGUUGUUUCAAGUGGUAGAUGACAUUCUUGAUGUUACUAAGUCAUCAAAUGAGUUGGGAAAGACAGCUGGUAAGGACCUAAUGACUGAUAAGGCUACAUAUCCUAGGUUGAUGGGGCUAGAAAAGGCUCGGCGAUAUGCCGGUGAGCUGGUGGCUAAGGCCAUGAAUGAGCUAAGCUACUUUGAUUCCGCCAAGGUGGCACCUCUUUAUCAUAUUGCUAGUUAUAUUGCAAAUCGACAGAAUUGAUAGGCUUAAUAGGUCAUGACAAAGACAAUGUAUAUACCUUAGAAAACUAUCUGUAUAAGUAAAGAUAAAUGUGAUGGAACUGAACUUUGUGUC